AUGGCUGCUGAUAGCGUCAGGCAGAGAGUGACCAAAACAGAAGACAACGAGGAGAAUGUGGAAAAAAUAGUCGAAAGCGAAGAUGGAAAGAGAAAUUUUAAUGUUUGGGCAGCGGCUGCGCAGUUUUUGGUCGGACUACUGAUCGUUGUUGGCUCGAUUUACAGUCAACUUGAUACUCAACUAGUGAAACCGAAACCAAUUGAUCAAGUUGACAAAGAUUUCGUCAAUCACCUCCAUGCGCACAUUUACCUCGAAACCGCUGUUGGAAAUGCUCUCGAGCCAAAUGGCGACUUCUGGAUCCGCCGUGAAGAACUCAUCAACUCGGCCCGUCCCUCAGCUAGAAACUGCCUCGCCAAAGUUCCCGGUCAUUUGAUCAUCGAUGAUUUGCUCAUGGACGAUGUAAAGAAUCAAGUCUUGCAGAUCGCACUUUACAUGCUCGAUCAUGUCGGGAAGAAGGGAAAAGACCAUCGAACGAUUUGGGAUCUGUACUUCAAUACCCUCACGUAUCCAGGAUGGGACAAGAUGAUUUACAAAGGAUCAGACGACGAAAGAGAGCACCUGCAAAGACGGCCUAAGCUGGAAAAAUCUGAACCAGGCGAGGAAAAUUCUCCAGAAGCAAAAAAGAAAUGGGAUGAAUUCAAGAAAAAGGAGACCGAGUGGGUCGAAGAAAAACGAUCUUAUGAAGGCAAACCAGGAUCGGCCAUUGACAUUUUUGGUCACAUGAAGCACGAGGAAGGAGUCGUCGGAGCUGCCAUCUGGUCCCCUAGUCUUUACGAUCACGCCAUUCCAGCGCUCAUGCAAAAUAUUCCGCAUGCCCUCAUCAAGACCUUCAAAGGCAACGGCGAUUUUUACUUCACAUGGCCACUUCCUUUUGUCAUGCACCACGCAGCCGAAGAAGACGAAGAACCGGCUUACACCAAGCCAGUCGUCCUUGGCUCUGGUUCUUCCUUGAAGAAACAGAAAAAAUCUCGACUUCCUCAUGUUGAUUACGCUGUUGUUUGGUUCCUGUCCGACUCUCACAAAGGCGGGAAUUUACUUCUUUCUAAUCCAGUCACUGGGAAGAAUAUCACUAUCGAAGCAAGACACAACCGAGCAGUCAUGUUUACCACUGGCUCAGAGAACGUCAUGAAUUGGCAGAAAGUCACAGAAGGAAAACUCGUCUACAUGAUGUUCCAUUUUUCCUGUGAACAAAGAUACGACAUGUCUUCAAAUGGCAAACAGAGCGCGUUUCUUCCAUACGGACAUCUCAGAGCUCCAGAAACAGGUGUUCAACAAAUCUUUGUCGAUCUUGAUCGAGGUCUCAAUUUCGGCCUGGACGAUCCAAGAUACAAGUCCCCUGAGGAAAUUGCAGCGAUGGACGUCAAGCCACUUGUUGAUUCAACAGGAGAAAUCGACGAAUCCGUUGUCAGAGAAGAAGAAGAUGAUGACGAGGAAAUUGUUAUUGAUGCUAUUGAAGGAUAG